CAUGACGACAAAAUUAGGAAAUGUGGACUACUUUCGUUUUUUCCGGUUCUUUAACGGUCAUGCUUCCGGCUCCUUCGCAUCCCGGCAAUCCUCUUUGGGUUUCACGAGAAGAAUGGUUGAAAAUGAAAGAGACCUGCGUGAUAGAAGUCAAAAUGACCGAAGAUGAAGCACGCGAUAAUCUGUUGGAACGGUUCAAACUGACGGAUGAAAGUCGUGAAGAUGCCUGGGGUGAAGUGGAAGCCGAUACGGAUGGAGGAGGUUGGAAUACCACCACUACCACUCCUUCCGGCUGGGGAAAUCCCGCGCCCGCCGCCAACGAUGGCGGAUGGAAUACCUCCAAUUCCGGAUGGUAACCUCAAAUGUUCAAUCAGACAAAUGCCAUAGACUGUCAUCUCUGCCACUGUAUGCCACCCCAUGUCCAAUUUCAUCUUUUACUACGGCGCUCCCGUAUUUUUUCUUUCUUUUUUUUGUUUUUACAUCUACUUUAUUUGAUCCAUACGUUUCUGGCCAAUGCAGAAUCCGGUUUUAUAUUGUUUUUGUCGUUUAUUACUUCUUUUUUUUCUUCCAUCACGAAUCAUCACCAUCGCAUUUCCUUUUUUGUCUUUUGGCCCAUCGCAAACCACAAGCGUUGCAAAGCCUAAAGGAAACCAACGGUUAGAAAGGAUGCGUUUACCACUCAUCAACAUUUUGAUUGUCUACUCACGUUUUCGGUCCUUGGGGCCCUUUACGCCACUCAGGAGACGACGUGAUACCACAGUCGGCGCAGAUGUAAU